ACAGAUUUCUGAAUCAGAACACAUCGAUCACGCUUCCGCUAAAGAUCCGAACGCUUGUUAUCAAUAACGCUCCGCGCGCUCCUCAACGGACACGGACGGAGAUCGCGCGCGGAGUUCCGAUUGAAUGAUUCUGCGAUCCAGAAAACGGCGUCAGAGGGAUCAUACACCGUUUAGGAUAUUUUUAGGAUCUCUCCUUCAGUCGGUGGAAUCUGAAGCGAGUUUUAAUCAUGACGGCCACUAAAGAGCAGCAGAACCAGAGAGCGAAUCCGCAGGACGAGGAUCUGGGUGGCAUGAGUCCUCCGCAGAGAAACUGGAAAGGGAUUGCGAUCGCUCUACUGGUCAUUCUGGUGGUCUGUUCUCUCAUCACCAUGUCUGUGAUUCUGCUGAGUUCAGCGGACAUGCUACCCGGUAGUGACACCAAACUGACGGUGGAGGAUCUUUUCAGCAGUGAUUUCUAUGUGCAUGACCCUGAAGCGCACUGGAUCAACGAAUCUGAAGUUAUCUACAGAAAUCACAACGGACAUGUGAUCCGGUUUAACAUCCUCACAAACGAAACAGAGAUUGUGCUGAAGAACACCACGUUUGAUGCAUUUAAAGCCACCAGAUACUCCAUCAGUCCUGACAUGAAGUAUGUGCUUUUUGCCUACAAUGUCAAGCAGGUUUACCGGCAUUCAUUCACUGCGUCCUACAUUAUUUACAACAUUCACACCAGGGAAGUUUGGGAAUUGGAUCCUCCAGAAGUGUUGAACUCUAAACUUCAGCACGCUGCAUGGGGCGUUCAGGGGAAUCAGCUGGUGUACAUAUUUGAGAAUAAUAUUUAUUAUCAGUCUGAUGUGAGGACUAACUCUCUCAGACUGACAUCAUCAGGGAAGGAGGGCGUCGUCUAUAACGGCAUAGCUGAUUGGCUCUAUGAAGAGGAGGUCCUACACACUCAUAUAGCACACUGGUGGUCACCUGAUGGAGAGCGUUUGGCGUUUCUGGUCCUGAAUGACAGUCUGGUGCCAAACAUGGUGUUGCCCACUUUCACUGGCUCUACUUACCCAAAGGGCAGGCAAUACCCAUACCCGAAGGCAGGGCAGCACAAUCCAAUGGUGAAACUGUUUGUAGUGAAUCUGUAUGGACCGACACACACUCUUGAACUCACACCACCUGAUGAACUCAAACUGAGGGAGCACUAUGUAGUGAUGGUGAAGUGGAUCAGUAAGACUAAGACAGCAGUGCGCUGGUUAAACAGACUUCAAAACGUCUCUGUUCUUACUGUGUGUGACUCCACCACUGGAGCCUGUGUCAAGAGGCAUGAAGAAACAUCAGAGGUUUGGCUCUCCAGACAGAACCAGGAACCGUUCUUCUCACGAGACGGCAGCCGAUUCUUCCUGACAGUUCCAGUGAAGCAGGGGGGACGAGGAGACUUCCACCAUGUGGCCAUGUUCACCUCUCAGGUGCGAACGGAUCAGAACGAGGUGCGUCAUCUUACAUCGGGUAACUGGGAAGUGACAGAGAUUCUGGCGUAUGAUGAGAACGCACAGAGCAUAUAUUUCCUGAGUACUGAGGGUUCCCCCAGACAAAGACAUCUCUACAGUGUGUCAACAGUGGGGUUGUUUCCACGGCGAUGUCUGACCUGUGAGCUUAAUAAAGCUCACUGCACGUUCUUCAGUGCUGUUUUCAGCUCCUCCAGUAAACACGUUCUGCUGCACUGUAAAGGUCCUGGAGCCCCAACAGUGAUCAUACACACAUUGAACACUGCCAAUUAUUAUAUCCUGGAGAAUAACUCUCUGCUCAGAGCUGCUCUCAGAUACAAGAGAAUCCAGCUGACGGAGUUUAGAAGCAUCCAGACGGAUCACUUUGAGCUGCCGCUGAAGAUCACUUAUCCACCCGAUUUCUCUGAGGCCCGCCACUACGCCCUACUGCUGAUGAUUGACGGCGCCCCCGGUGGCCAGCAGGUGAACGAGCGGUACUCAGUGGACUGGGACUCUGUGCUGGUCAGCUCUGAUAAUGUCAUCACGGCUCGUCUGGACGGCAGAGGAAGUGGAUUCCAGGGCCAGAAGAUUCUACAGGAAGUGCACAAGCGUCUGGGAGCAGUUGAGGUUCAGGAUCAGCUUGCUGCUGUUGAGUACCUGCUGAAACUGCCUUACAUCGACCGUAACAGGAUUGGUGUUUUUGGUCAGGCUUAUGGAGGUUAUGUGGCACUACAGCUCAUUAAAUCUUCUGAGAAUGUGUUUAAUUGUGCCGCAGCUCUGUCACCUGUGACAGACUGGAGUUUAUAUGCCUCAGCUUUCUCGGAGCGUUAUCUGGGGUUUCCUCUUCAGGACGACAGUAGAUAUCAGUUCUCUAGUGUACUGCAGAAUCCACAGGGCUUCAGAGAGCAGACGCUCAUGCUGCUGCACGCCACUGCAGACGCAAACAUUCAUUUUCAGCACACAGCUGAACUUAUCAAGAACCUGGUGAAGGUUGGAGCAAACUACACCCUGCAGAUUUAUCCAGAUGAAGGUCACUUCCUGUCUAAGAGAAGCAGGCGACACCUGGCAGCGACACUGAGCAGCUACUUUAGAUCCUGUCUGCAGGAGGAAAUGCUUCCCAUCAGUGAGGAAGAGGAAGAGGAAGAAGAGUGAAGAUGACAUGCAGCACUCAAACACACACACACAAUGGGACAGCGAAACACACUGGACGUCAAGACAAACAUCUUUAAUCAAAACCAUUACACACAGACGCGCACACACACACUCACACACACACACACUCACACACACACACACACACACACACACACACACACACACACACACUACAAUACACACACAAUGGGAUGGCGAAACAAACAUCUUUAAUCAGAACCAUUACACACACGCACAUACACACACACACACACACACACGUACACACAAACACACAACUACUGAUAACUGCUACUCUGAGAGUGUGAACAUGUAUAUGUGUGUAACAGUUAUGAUGGAUGAGUGCAUUAGAGCUGCGUGAGUGUGAGUGUGUGUGUGUGUGUGUGUGUGUGUGUGUUAUUGUUGCUGGAAAUGGAUUUGAUCGCCAAGACAAACAUGAAAAUAUUUCAUGAAAAAUAAUAUCAGAAAUCACUGAGAACUCUCUGAUUGGUUCAUGUGUCGGCCAAUCACAGCACAGACUGCUCCAGCCACUGCAUGAUCUUUUGCUUUGCUUCACUUUCUGUCUGUCUAUUGAGGAGCACUGCGUUUCCAUAGUUACUUCACAGGAAAGAGUUACCGUCUCCAUGACAACCACUCACGGGGAAGAACAGUCAUUUUGUCCGUCAAAACCUCACGGUUCUGCUUGAAGACGGUCAGGUGUCAGAAACACACACGUGCAUGAUGCUCUCUGAUAAGAAAAGAGUGUAUACGUGCAGUGCAUUCUGGGUGCUGUACAGAAGAGUGUGUAUAAACGUAUAUUUUUUACGCCAUCAUAUCUCAUGUCAGCUUAGAGAUGAUCACAGGAUGAAUCCAGUCACUGAAUGUUUUUAAUUAGUUUAUUUGUUUCUUGGGGGCUUUUGUAUCGCUAAUUGUUUAGUUUUGCUGUGUUGAC